GCCCUCCUUACCCUCCAUUCAUUCCUAUCGACUCGGUUUGUCCGGAACUCUGCGCCAGCCAGUCCCAAGCAUACACCCCCCCCCGGUAUACUUUCCUUUCCUCCGGUUUAUGCCCCCGGUUGCAACACUUCCUUCGCAAUGCCUCCAUUGCCCUGCUGAACGCGCGGUCAUGCGCGUUCUUUGCUCCUCUAAUCGAUAUCUCCUCUCCUCCUCUUCCUCGUCCGUUGCUGCUUAUUUGGCCCCCUCUAUAUCCUCUCCGCUGAAGCCGCGAUACUUCCACCAAACCCGCUCGGCUCUCAAGAACCCGGCAAUCUUCAAAAAUAGUCUACAAAAAACCCUCGAAGCACACCGUUCCUCGAAUCGAGCUAGUUUAAUUCGCAGGAUACCGAAUAAACCAGAUGAUUCUGAACAGUCACCUGCGGAGGUUGCAACAAGCGAUGGGCCAUCGAACGGCCCCAACACAGAUGUAACUUUGGGGUCUUCCUCGACCCCAAAAAGCCCAAGGAGGAAAUCUCGCUCCAUUCAGAAGUCCCACCCGCCAUCCCGGCCUUCAUACGCAAGCCAGCUGAUACAUUGGGAUGCUGACCCUAAAAAGGGCCGGUCAGUUCAAUGUCCAUGGCUGGGUGGAGUGGAUUCAACUCGGUCCUUCAGUGACGGCCUCUCCCAGCUAGAUGUGGAGAUCAAGGCACUUGAAAAAUACCUCAGUCCGACCCCACCAGAGCAGGAGAGGGUUCAUCGGAUAACCGCACAUAUAGCUGGUCUUCUGGAAGGGACUGCGCCCCGUGCCCCCUGUAUCAUCGGAUCGUGGCGAACCGGGCUAGCCAUGAGCCACUCCAAUCUGGACCUUCUCCUCCCCGUCCCAGACUUGAUACGAUUCACCGAACAGGUUCGAAAACCAAGCGCCACGCGUCCGCAGAUCCUCACUCAGCACAAGCGUCUGCUCCGAGAUGUUGAACGGACCCUCCAGGACUUCCAAUCCUUCAACAUCAUCUACCCAUCCACCGCCGUCCAUCACGAGACGGGUCUUCGCGUACGCUUCUCCUGCGGAGAAGACAUCCCCCCCAUGGUUGAGUACAUUCAAGACUACUGUGCCGAGUACCCCUCCGUCCGACCUCUCUACAUGGCCGCGCGACUUCUCCUCGAAUCUCAAGGCCUAUGUGGCCAUGGCCCGAGAUCCCUUAAACCCGAAGCCCUAGUCAUGCUCGUCGUAGCAUUCCUAAAGCUGAAUCACGGCAAGUUCCAACGUUCUGACGGUUUGGGCGAGCGCCUUCUCGCCUUUCUCCAAAUGUAUGGCACGGAAGUCGAUCUCACGACGACCGGAAUCGCCGUCGAUCCUCCGGGUACCUUUGAUGCGGAUACUGUCCGCUCCGCCAGCCGGAUGUUCUCCAGUCAGCCGGACGAGAUCCCCGCCCAUUUGCGCGGUCAGCGAGCCAUCAUCAAUAUGAAGAAAACCGCCGCGUCCAUGGGCAACACAGCCGCGGCUACACGGCUAUGUCUGCAGAAUCCUACUAAUUAUUUGGAUGACCUGGGCCGUUCUUGUCUGGAUACUCCACAACUGCGGGCGGCGUUUGCGCGCGCUCAUGAGCGUCUUCGUACCGCUCUUGAUCACUGGGAUCAGUGCGCACCUGUAACUCUCGAUCACAGUCUGCUGAACUCGAUCCUGCAGGUGAACUUUGACGAAUUCAGUCAAAUGCGCGAUCGGCUUACUGCCGGGACGGUCGAUUCCACGUGACGUAUCGCCGACGCAAAUCUUGUGCUCCUUUAUGAUCUAACUCUACUUUUUCGAUCGCAAUCAAGCAUGUACUAUAACCCCUUGCAUGGGAAACACCUCUAUGUAUAUACACU